AUGCAGACCCCGGAUGACCCGCUAGAGUUUUCGGCCCGUCCGCCUCCCGCCGAGCCUGCCGAAGCUGAGUCAAAGAGCCCGGAACCAAAACGGCGAAAGAUCAGAAAAGGUACCCGCAGCUGCUGGGGGUGCAAACGGCGCAAGACUCGAUGCAUUUAUGCCGCCCCAGCAGAUGCCGUAUGCGUCGGUUGCCAGCGUCGCGGUGCCAAUUGUGUCAGCCAGGAAUUCCCCGAGGAGAUCUGCAUGCCAGUGGAUCGAGGCCGCCAUAUGGGUGACAGAAUCGUCCGUGUUGAAGCCCUGGUUGAGCAACUAGUGCGACAAGUCGGCCCCGGAGCGGGCGGUCUCGCCGGACCCGUUCAGGAUCCCGCUGCCUCUUCGAGCCGUGACCCCAACCCUAGCCCCACCGACGUAGCGGCCUCUGUGGAAGAUGAGAACUUGGAAGCCCAGGUCGCCCUCAGUCUUAGCAAGACUCCAAAUGACCGUCGCCUAUGGGAAGCGCUUUGUGAAGCAUUCCCGCCUUCGGGAGACAUGGAAAUCUAUCGCUCCCGGGCCAGCCCAACCAUCCUUCUUUUCAGCAUAUCGAUGCUGAAACCUUUGCGCAUUAUUGAGCGGGACGGGCCGCCUGACCUGGACAGCGUGUUCAAGCCGCCGUGUCAGGAUACGCAUCCGGUGCUGUUGGCGAAACAUAUGCUCAUACUGGCACUAACCUUGCACUAUGUCCAUUUGAGUGAGACUCCGCAAUUCCCCGGCCUGUCUGAAGCUCCCCGCGACAGGAUGCGGCGGCUCGGCGACACGGCCAUCCGCUUAGUGGUGACCAAUAACGAAUUCCUUGGCUCCAUCGAGUCCCUGGAAUGCUUGGUGCUGGAGAGCCAAUUUGAGAACAACUGUGGCAGAGUCCGCCGAGCAUGGCUGACAUUGCAAAGAGCAACGGCACUUGCCCAACUGAUGGGCAUCCAUCGAGGCGGCCCACACCGGCCGCUGAAAACGAUUGACCCCGGGACAGCAGCGUAUCCACAAUUUUUAUGGCAUCGGAUCCUGUGGGCGGGACGCAUGCUAAGUCUGCUGCUUGGUCUCCCGCAAGGUACGCUCGACAUGUCGAUGGCUUCGCCAGCCGCCCUAGCUAGCGACGCUCCAGUCGGUCGACUCGAGCGCAUUCACUCAACGGUUAUGGCGCGGAUCUUGGAACGCAACGAAUCGGAUCCCGACUUGGAUGGGUUUGCACUGACCCAGGAGUUGGACAUGGAGCUUCAAAAUGCGGCAAAUCAGUUACCCAACAAGUCAUGGCUACCCUUGGACCUUGGCAGUGUCGAUGGAGACUCUCUGGAAGGCUUCCGGCGCAGUGUACUGUUUGCGCGGCAGGUGCACCACUACUACUUGCUCAUCCAGUUGCAUCUGCCUUAUAUGUUGCGCUCGAGCGCGCCAGGGGCCAAAGGGGCCAAGUACGACUACAGCAGAAACACGUGCGUCACGGCCUCGCGCGAGGUCAUCACACGCUGCUUCACGUCUCGAUACCAAACGCGCAUGCCCUUUUACUGCCGACAAUUAGACUUUUGGUCUCUCACGGCUGCCCUGACGCUGCUAUUUGCCCAUAUUGAUGGCCACGCCCAGCGCCCGGGCGACAACAUGCUCGCGCAUCAUCGCGCAAGCGACCGUGGCAUGGUGGAAGCCGUGUUAGAGCACAUGGACUACAUGAACGAAAUAAACAAGGAUCCCCUGGGUGAGAGAAGCGCUGAGCUGUUGCGCCGCUUGCUAGCAAUCGAGGCGUAUUCUGCCCGUGGCGGCCGGACUCCCAGCGGCAAGGGAGUUGGCAACCUUGACUCUCCUGCCAACGGAUGCUUGAAUGGUCACGGGACGCUGCGCAUUUCGAUCCCCUAUUUUGGGGUUGUCAGAGUAGACCCGAGAGGGGUCAUAUCCAAAGAAGCCAAUACCGCUACCGCCACGACCAACGACAGUCCUACCACGAUCACGACGUUCUCCCUUUCCACUGUCGUUGGAAGCCCACCUUCCCCGCUGUCCGCCUACCCGCCGGACUUGCCCAAACAUCCGCCGCCCGACCCGCAGCAGCCCUUGCGGCAGGCUCCAGCGCAUAUGCAGCCGCAGCCGCAGCCGCAGGAGCCUGCACGAGUGGCGGCGGGACCUUGUACGCAAGCUUCGGCAGAGCCGUAUGCGGACAUGCCAGCGUCUGCACGGCCUCUCUACCACCACCAGCAGGACCAGCACCAACAUCCAGCCUGGCUCCAGCAGCCUGCACCAUCACAGUAUGCGGCGCCUUAUCCCGGGGUCGCUACUGGACUCGAUGGUUGGGCGUUGCAGGGGUUUGACGUGGCGUAUUUCGACAACUUGAUGAAGGGAGCCGCGGCCAUGGACGCGGAAGGUGGUCCUGGUCCCAGCGCAGAUACCAGUGGCGUGGGUUAUAAUGGGCAGCCUGCGGAUGGUUGGGGCCCUUGGCAGUGA